GAUGCACAGCCCUAACCUCAACAGUCUGUUUAUGUUGAUUAGUUAGCCGGUGACAACAGAAAUCGUAAAUUUUCUUGUGUUUUACUUCAAUGACGACCCCAGGAUUGGUUAAUUCGGACAAUUAGCAAAAAUGAAACGGAGCCACAGGCCGGAGGUUACUAGAAAAGAGCCGGGUAGUAAGGGGAGAACGCAAAAGCCUCCAACUCCCGACAGCAGCACACAUAGAUCAAGGGAGCGCUGCUGUGCAGAGCCCCAGCACUCCAACCAGCAUGUUUUGAGGAACAGCAAUGCCAAGAAGCCGCUAAAUAUCUCUCCAGACAUGGCUAUAUCAGCAAACGCCGCCAGGUAUGAAGGACAGGUUAAGGCGAACGGGAGCCCUAAACAGCGCUCUAGAUCAACAGUCAGUGACCGCCAGCCUUGGGGCCAAUUGCUCAGCAAGCACACUGGCGAGGAAAACGAAACUGUUUUCGGUAAAUUCGACCCGCUUCGCACCCUACAUUUUCUAGCUGGCGAACUGCAGACCAAAGUGCCAGAUGAAACCAACGUGCAGGAAAUAAUCAAAGCCAUGCAUGCGGCGCUGAAGCGAAUCCCUCCUGAAGUGGCCUCAACCGUGCAACUCCAGCAGCAGUCGGUGGAGGUUUUAUCAAAGGGCAGAAGCAGGGAGUGUGUAGAUGCUUAUUAUCACAACCGGCAACCUCACAGACAGAACUAUGAAGAAUUUCAGAAACUAAUCGAAUGCAGCACUUUGAAGCUGGAAGCCAGCUGCCGGCACCUGGAGGACAUGUGCGGUCAGCUGAAAGACGAAAAACUGUCAUUGGAGACGCGGCUGCAAGGCGAAAAAGCCAACAGCAAAAGGCUGCAAAGCAAAAUCGACGAAAUGGAGGAUUCGAAUAGGAGAUUGACACUCAACCUGCUGAAGCAAGACGAAGAAGUCGGGCAGCUGAGAGGUGCCAUUGGGGUUCUGGAAGGGAAGCUGGAAGAAAAAGCGUCGGCAGGGCCGGACCUGCAGCAGCCGAUGAUGGACUUGAAAAAAUCCAAGCUGAAUCUUGAACGAGAGAACCAAAAACUCGAACAUCAGCUACGGCUGCGCGACAUUGAAAAAGAAAAACUGUUGGCAAUUUUGGCAGUUCGCGAUCGGCAAAUCUACGAAAUUCGCAAUGAAAUGACUCAGCUACAGCAAUCCGUCAAUGAACAACUGGUAGAGCUGCAUAACUACGCCACUUCAGCUAUACCGCAUGACUUAGACCCAAACGACGUCCCCACUAUAUCGUCCAUCUGGCCAACGGGCGGUCAAUUUCAACUCCAACUAGCCAAGUCGGAUAAUUCCUUAAAAAACUCCGAUUCUGAAGAUGAAGCUGCUGCAACCGGCUAACUAUACCCAGUCAAGCAGCUUAACCGCAAACAGCAGGGUUAUUGGCGAUAAACCGCCCCCUUCGGCGUAUUUAAGUGCACAAAACAUCUUGUUUGAAAAGCAAUUAGGGCAGCAAGUAACAUUAUGACCUGAUUAAUGACCUAUUAUGCGUAAAUGUAGGUGAUUCAACAUCAACGACCGCCAGCCAACAAAAGAGUUUAUUAUUAUUAGGUCGGCGUAAUAUGGAUUAAUGGAAAGAAAUUUCAGAUUUAUCUUCUCGCUGCCUCCAAUUCGCUUUAUUACCCCCGAUACCCAGGAUUAAGAGUGCAACGGUUGAUUGAGCUGAUGAACGGGCAGUAAAGGGUGAGCCAAGAAAAGCUCAAAGCUAACUUGGUCUAUUGACCUAGGGCUUACCUACCUGGGCAGAACGCAGCAGGAUAGUCAAGAUAAUUGCAUGACACGGGACCUGAAAUCUGAAGCACCAAAUCACAUUUCGUGCCGCGAUCUCGUCGAUAUUCCACGCACUUUAGUCAGACAUCGCGGGGUUUUUUCAGAGGGAAUUGUCUACGCCCAAAAUCCACCGAAAGUAAAAUAGAGCUCCAGCAGCAAGACAGGCCGAGGAGUCGGGCUGUGGCUCUAUGGAAGGCGUGCGCACAAUCGAUAUAUGCCCGCCCGGCCGGGACAGACUACCCGUGUCGCUUUAGAGGCCGAAGGCGCACCCUUCUAAUAAUGCGCCUUUGUCGGAUUGCCCGGUUUUCCAUUUGGGCGACGAUUUUCCCCCAGAGAAAGAAAAACUGACAUCGCGACUUUGCCAGAAAAGCACCAAAUAAAAAAGAAUUAAACAAAACGCAUAGAAUCUCUUGAAAUGCGGGUCAACAUUUAUUGAACUUAGCAUUAAUCAGAAAUGUCCCAAUAUAAGGAGAGAUUUUCUUACAAAAAUAACGCAUUCACUCUCAGGAUAACACUUGCACAUAAUUGUUUAAGUUUAUGUUUUGUUAAUUCACUAGCGAUUCCGGAUGACAAUGUACCUGUGGGAUUUUGGCCGUAGUGUGAAAGCUGCAGCAAUUCAGUGCAUGUUCCGAAAAUGUUCUAGCGGGAGACUAGAUAGAGGUUUACACAACAUAGCAGUAAAACAGUUUGAGGAAGAUAGGGAACAU